AUGGCCGCACUCUACUCCCUGCCGAAGCUGCCCUACGCCUACAAUGCUUUGGAGCCCAGCAUCUCGGCCCAGAUCAUGCAGCUGCACCACAGCAAGCACCACCAAGCCUACGUGACCAACCUCAACAACGCGCUCCAGACCUACACAGCGGCCUCCGACGACAUCGCCACCCAGAUUGCCCUCCAAAGCGCCAUCAAGUUCAACGGCGGUGGCCACAUCAACCACUCUCUUUUCUGGGAGAAUCUGGCCCCCGCCGGCUCCGUCGCGGCAAACCCCGAGUCCGCACCGACCCUCACGGCCGCCGUUGGCAAGACGUGGGGCAGCCUCGACGGCUUCAAAGCCGCCUUCACAAAGGCGCUCUUGGGGCUGCAGGGCAGUGGAUGGGGCUGGCUUGUCAAGGAAGGGGCCAGCCUGAGAAUCAUCACAACCAAGGACCAGGACCCCGUUGUUGGUGCUGAGGUGCCCAUUCUGGGAGUCGACAUGUGGGAGCACGCGUACUAUUUGCAGUAUCUGAACGGCAAGGCGACGUACGUCGAGAACAUCUGGAAGGUGAUAAACUGGGAGACGGCCGAGUCGCGCUUCAAGGGUGGUAAGGACGAUGCCUUCAAGCUUCUCAGGGCUUCCAUGUGA